UGUUUUGCUCUUCAAAUGAGCACUCGAACUCGAAUGUUGGAGGGAAAAUUAUCACGUACUAGGUAUAUUCGUAUACCUUGUUCGCAAUAUUAUUCUGCAAUAGGGCAUCGAUUAAAUUUCUCUCUAGCACAACUGUUAUUUGCAAAAUUCUUGUUGAGUCGCCAAAAAUAAUUCCUGUGAACAUAUUUUAAAUCUAUGUAAAUUGAAACGUCCUGAACAAUUCCAACCCGAAGUUUUGCCAAAUUUUUUUUGCAAUGAUAGGGGGCACCACAGCUGUCAUAAAUUCUAUGCGACAUACUUGCAGACACUUGGGACUUGGACAGUUCUUAGAUGCGAUAACACUGCUAACCAAACUUAUUGCUUUAUAAGUGGUUUUAACUUCUACAUUAAACUUUUAAAAGUAUUUACUGUUGCACAGGAAAGUUCGAAGUUGAUCACAAGAAUGGCCAGUCGUGAAGGUGGUAAGAAAAAGCCUCUCAAAGCACCGAAAAAGGAACAAAAGUUAAUGGAUGAUGAAGAUGUAGCAUUCAAGCAAAAGCAAAAGGAACAACAGAAAGCCCUUGCCGAAGCUGCAAAAAAAGCAAGUCAAAGGGGACCUCUUGUUACAGGCGGUAUAAAAAAAUCUGGUAAAAAAUGAUCCAGUUAAGACUGAUUAAAUACAUUAUAAAUGUGCAUACCAUGUCAAUAUCUGUCGUUGACAUUACGGAUUAGUACAUCAUCCGGGAUGUAUUUUGGAUUCUUCAUCCUAAAAAAUGGUUGAUAUUUGUAAAUAAAUCUUUUAUUAAAUCACAACAAAUGUACAUUU